UAUAAAACCGUGAUGAAAAAUUGAUAACACAACAAUAUAGAAUAGCUUUUGCAAUUAAGACCAUAAUGACACCAUCUUAACACACCAACCUAUAGCUUUUCUUUUAUCACCUUCAUCAUAUUUGUUCAUAUAAUCUCUCUCUCUCUCCCCCUCUUUCUUCAAUAACCAGCAAAGGUAAAUGAAGCGAGUGGAAGGGAAGAACUAGUGCUGCAAGCUUCAAUAUUUGUAAAUAUUUUUUGAAAUCUUGGAGUUGAAGAAAGUGAUAUUUUUUUUUUUAAUCAGAUUUAGUGAUUUACAAUGCCAGUUCCUUUAGCUCCAUAUCCAUCACCUCCUGUGCCACUUACAACUCCUGAUAAUGGUUCUCAAAGCCAGCUAGUAUGUUCGGGAUGUCGAAAUCUUCUACUUUACCCUGUUGGAGCAACUUCAGUAUGCUGUGCAGUUUGUAGUGCUGUCACUGCUGUUCCUCCACCUGGCACAGAAAUGGCACAAUUGGUUUGUGGAGGCUGUCACACAUUGCUCAUGUACAUCCGUGGGGCGACAAAUGUAAAAUGUUCUUGCUGUCACACCAUUAAUUUAGCCUUAGAAGCAAAUCAGGUAGCACAUGUCAAUUGCGGAAACUGUAGAAUGCUUUUGAUGUACCAGUAUGGCGCUCGUUGUGUGAAAUGCGCAGUUUGCCAAUUUGUUACCUCCAUCGGGGCGUCCACAAGUGCUACGGAACAGAAGAUCAAUACCUAAAUAUUAUCGCUUUAAAUCCAUGGUGAGUUGGUGGCCGCAUGCGUAAUGUAUAGAUUUAUGAAUAUGAAUUUCCUCUUGCUUGAGAUGAUCAUUGUCUUUCUCAUAAAUAUUAUAAAGUGCAUAUUAAAGAAUAAGCCUAGGUUUUGGCAGGCGAGUUUUGGAUACGAGAAAUAUCUUAUUAUGUGAGAAACUUAUGGUUGUAAGUUGGUGUUUGGUUUUUCGGAUAAUGACAAGUUUUCUUUUGGUUUUUAA